UGGUGACCGCCUUAUAAAUUUCUUUCUUCCUCUCUUUUAACUCCUCUUUUCUUCAAUCAAAUCUGUGGACCGACUUCACUCACCCUCUCACCUCUUGAAGCUUUCUGGAGCUGAAUAGACUGGCUAUCGAUAAUCAGCAGCGGGAGAUUCCUCACCACAAAAAAGUGAUGGUGAGUUCGAUUGGGCGAAUGGGGAACGAUCAUCUGGGUCCGCCGUGGUUGAAGCCAAUGCUGAGAGCUAGCUACUUCGUUCCCUGCGGUAUUCAUGGAGAUUCUAAUAAGAGCGAAUGCAAUAUGUUUUGUUUGGAUUGUAUGGGAGAUGCCCUCUGUUCCUACUGUUUGAUCCAUCACAAGGAUCACUGCGUUGUUCAGAUAAGACGAUCCUCGUACCACAACGUGGUGAGGGUUAAUGAAAUUCAGAAGUACAUCGACAUAUCUUGCGUUCAAACCUACGUUAUCAACAGUGCGAAGAUUGUAUUUCUGAAUGAGCGCCCACAGCCCAGGCCUGGAAAGGGUGUCACCAACACCUGUGAGAUUUGUUGCAGAAGCCUCCUUGACUCUUUCAGGUUCUGUUCUUUGGGCUGCAAGCUUGGAGCCAUGAAGCGGGGCGAUCCGGACCUCACAUUCUGGCUGAAACUGAAACAUGGUCGUGAAACCUUCCAUGGGUCCGAAUCAGAUGAAUCAUCCACACCCAGGAAGUUUCAGAGGACGCAUCUUUUCAGUCGGCUGAUGAUAGAAACCAUUUCCCUGGAUGGGCACCAUGAUGCUACUGUUGCUGCUGACAAGUCCACUGCGUCUAGCUCCGGAGACGAGACCAUCAACAACAUUUCUCCAGCAACUCCUCCCAUUUUCAACCACAGCAAUGCCAGGAGAAGAAAGGGUAUUCCUCAUCGAGCCCCAUUUUGAGUGUUUAAGAUACAACAGUCUGCUUUCAACUGGAUAACACAAAUAGAUAAAUGGUGCUUGAAAUCCUGUAAAGUCCUUUAGGUUUAGUAAAUGGAAAAGAAAAAAAAACUCUCCUGAAAAAAAAAAAAAAAUAUAUAUAUAUAUAUAUAUAUAUAUAUGAGUAAAUGAAUAAAUAAACAAAUAAAAGCAAACACAACAAAAAGUGGAAGUAAAAUGUGAUCAAGGAAUAGGUGGUCCUAGUUUCUUGUGUAAAUAAUAGGGAAGUAGUGUGUUCUAAUUAGCUCUAGAUUAUGGAAAUUGUGUCUCUCUCUUUAGAAUAAAUGUUGUUUGGGGUUUUUACUUUCUAGAUUACAUCUUUUAGGAUAUAUUGACAGUGUAUCUAUGUACAUAUCAUGACAUACAUGUAUGGGUCUUUCUUUGUUGGGGAAAUUUGCAAUAGUGGAGUGGCGUUAUGGCUUAUGUACAGAAAACAUGCUUUUAAUGAUACAGCUAGUGUUUUUGAAGUUGUUAUA